UGGUAUCGAAGAGAAGCCGAAUACCUCAGAUGCGUUUGUCAGCCUUAUGCAGAUACAGCAUCGAAUCAAGAAAAAUGAAUAUGCACAUGCGAACGAGCUGAUAUCCGAUGUACAUUUGCUGGUGGAAAGCCUCAAACAUUUUUACAAGUCCAAUUCGCAGGAGUACCGGGACGUCUGUAGUUUCUGGGAACUGCUUUCGGAGUCCAAGAGUCAUUUGGGCGACCUCACCGACGACACUUCAGAGACGAGUAACCGCUCUCGCGAAAGUUCACCAUCGCAAUCAUGUCGGAGUUUAAGAUCCAAUAGUCCAAGUCGUUCAUUCAAAAGCAGCGACGCUAGUCCAAGCAUGCUGAGUUCAUCGGGCUCUGAUCCGGUGCCAAGCUACUUUCUUGAGCAGCUGAUCGCGUUUAUUUUAUUGUACAAGGACGAAACCGGUCGCAUCAUAUCACAGGCUUUCAAAUUGCUUCCUUCCGAGCAGGAAUAUCCGGAUUAUUACGUGUCCGUGAAAAAUCCGAUCGACUUGAAGAUCAUCGCUAGAAGAAUACGAAGCAACCGAUAUCGCUCGCUGAAUGACCUGGAGAGGGAAAUAAAUCUUAUGUGCCGUAAUGCAAAGCUUUACAACGAACGCGCA